CCGGCUCCUCCCCUUCAGCCUUGGCAGGUGUCCCGGCUCCUCCCCGAGCUUUGCGCAGGUGUCCCGGCUCCUCCCCUUCAGCCUUGCGCAGGUGUCCCGGGCUCCUCCCCUCCAGUCUUGCGCAGGUGUCCCGACUCCUCCCCUUCAGCCUUGCGCAGGUGUCCCGGCUCCUCCCCUUCAGCCUUGCGCAGGUGUACCGGCUCCUCCCCUCCAGUUUUGCACAGGUGUACCGCUCCUCCCCUUCAGUCUUGCGCAGGUGUAGCGGCUCCUCCCCUUCAGUCUUUGCGCAGGUGUACCGGCUCCUCCCCUUCAGUCUUGCGCAGGUGUACCGGCUCCUCCCCUUCAGUCUUGCGCAGGUGU